UGCCCCGGUGCCCAAGGGGUCCCUGGUUCUCUGGAGGGGUUUCUCCAAGGCCACCCUGCACAUGGGCCGGAUCCGGAACGCCAAGAUCCAGGUGGAAAAAGCUGUCAAGCAGAAGAAGAUUUUUAUGAUUCAAGGCCGCUACCCUGUCAUUCGCUGCCUCCUGCGCCGAAGAGGUUGGGUGGAGAAGAAGAUGCCCAACUUAGGGGGUGUCUCUCAUGCAACCCUAAAAGAUCAGAGCAGCUCUAUAUUAGGGGACGAUGAUAUGGAGGACGAGGAUGACGAUGAGGAUAUGGCGUUCCAGUCUCCACUCUUCAACUUCGAGGAGCUUCUGCAGAUGGAUGAGCUAGAUGCGGCACAUGCUCUGAUGUCACGCAUGGUGCGAAAUGAGAUUCCCUAUUUCAUCUGGACCACAAGGAGAGAUGUGCUGGACUGUCGCUUCCUGUCCAAGGAUCAAAUGGUCAACCAUUAUGCCCGAGCAGGGUCCUUCACUACAAAGGUGGGUCUAUGUCUCAAUCUCCGGAACUUGCCCUGGUUCGACGAGGCUGAUGCUGAUUCCUUCUUCCCACGCUGCUACCGCCUGGGCGCUGAGGAUGACAAAAAGGCCUUCAUCGAGGAUUUCUGGAUGACAGCUGCCCGCAACGUGCUCAAGCUGGUGGUGAAGAAAGCAUGGACGCCAUACUCUUGGCAGCCAGAGGAUCACCCCGAGGAGAACUCACAUCCCAGAAAAGGAGACAAGAAGCCGGUGGUGGUAUCUUCAGAUCUGGUGGAUGAGGCCCUGAGCAUCUGUGAGGAAUAUCUAAGCAACCUGGCCCACAUGGACAUCGACAAAGAACUGGAGGCUCCAUUUUACCUCAGCCCUGCAGACUGGUCCUUCUUCCUGGAGCGCUAUUACCAGGUGGUCCACGAGGGAGCCGAGUUCAAACCCCUGGACUCACAAAUCCUGCUCUGUGAGGACAUGCUGCAGCAGCUGCGGGCCGUGGUGCCACAAAUGGACAUGGAAGGGGACCGCAACAUCUGGAUCGUGAAACCGGGAGCUAAGUCCCGUGGCCGAGGCAUCACCUGCAUGGACCACCUGGAGGAGAUGCUGAAGCUGGUGGACUGUAAUCCCCUAAUGAUGAAGGAUGGCAAAUGGGUGGUGCAGAAAUACAUUGAGCGGCCGCUGCUCAUUUUCAACACCAAGUUCGACCUGCGACAGUGGUUCCUGGUGACAGACUGGAACCCGUUGACGGUCUGGUUCUACCGAGACAGCUACAUCCGCUUCUCCACACAGCCCUUCUCCCUGAAGAACUUGGACAACUCCGUGCACCUGUGCAACAACUCCAUCCAGAAGCAUCUGGAAAACUCAAGCUACCGCCACCCCCAGCUGCCUGCCAACAACAUGUGGUCGAGCCAGCAGUUCCAGACCCACCUGCAGGAGCUGGGUUUUGCAAAUGCUUGGGCCAACAUCAUCGUGCCUGGGAUGAAGGCCGCUGUGAUCCACAGUCUGCUCACCUCCCAGGACACCGUGCAGUGUCGCAAGGCCAGCUUCGAGCUCUAUGGGGCUGACUUUGUAUUUGGGGAGAACUUCCAGCCCUGGCUUAUUGAGAUCAAUGCCAGCCCCACUAUGGCUCCCUCCACGACCGUCACUGCCCGCCUCUGUGCCGGGGUGCAGGCCGACACCCUGCGUGUGGUCAUCGACCGGAGGCUGGACCGCAACUGUGACACAGGCGCCUUUGAGCUCAUCUACAAGAAGCCCCUUUCCAACGCCCCAGCGUCUACCCUAAGGCUCGGCUGCCUCCCCCCCAUGUGCUCUGCCCUCCAGGCCGAGUUCUUCAGAUACAACACAGCAAGCUGGCGGGUAGCAAAGCACUGUCAGCCACAGGCAAGGCCCUGAUGUCAUUGCCCACUGCCAGAAUCUGGAUUUCCUUCUCACCAAAACCUGCUAUCCUGCUGGCACCCAGUUUCCUGAACCCCCCAAAGCAUCUUCAAGGUUUCCGCCACAGAAGGGGCUUGUGGCAUCUCCCUUUUGACGUCACUGGCACCCAGCGGACCAAGACCAAAGGCAAGUUCAAGUCCCAAGUCCAGUAUGAC